UUGAUACGCUUCCGGACUCAUGGCGCUUGCUUUGCGAUUACUGGGCCGCUUGCAGGUUCGGUUGUGUAGAGCAGCUCUCGCCACCUUGGCAACCAAGUUGCCGCGCCAUCGUUCUCGUCGCGCAGCUCGCGCACCUGCAGAUUCCAGCGAGGGAUUGAAGCCAUCUGGUUCUUUGCCGGAGUGGCUCUUUGAAGAACGACCAGUAUGGCUGGACGCUUUGCUGAGUUUCCUAGAGGAUCCGGACGUGCUGCUUGUCCGUUUGGGAGGGUCCCGCCGUGCCAGAGGGCUGAGACCGGCCAAAGGGCGGUUGCCGCAGCUGCAGGAGGUAGCUGUACCCAUGGAGCAGCUGCGAAGUUGGGGACGAGAAGAGCUGCAAGAGGCAGCUGAUCAAGGCCGCCAGGUUCGACCUGUGGCAGUUUUUGCAGCCGAUGCUGAAAAUGCAGCUGAUGCUGUACAGGUGUUGCGAUCUAUGGGUUUCAAACGCUUGGCCAACCUUCACACCAAGGCUUUUCUGCAGCAGUUGCAAGACCUCCCCCGGAGUGACAAUCCAUGACGCAGCAGAAAA